GUCACAGCGCACACAUUAUAAGCGCAAGAAACAGUAGUAGCUGUAUAAUGUGCCAUAAAAAUCAGAGAGUUGGAGUUGAAAUUUUAUUAGCAAGUCUUUGUUGAUUUAUUGGCCAUGGAAAAUUGCUAUCAUGCUGGUUGGCCUGAAGAGGAAAAUUGGGCUCAGUGUCAUGCUCCACUAAACAAUGAGUCUUCCUAUCUAGUCCCAUGGCCGGUACCACCUCAUGUAUCAGCCUCUACCAGAUUCCAAUUUCAUGGGUUACCUUCUUGGCCUAUGCCAAUUGAAGGAGUUGCAGAUGAUGGAGGAGGUGCCACUGCUUCCAGUUCCAAGAGCCAUAGCCAAGCAGAGAAGCGGCGUCGAGACAGGAUUAAUGCACAACUUGCAACUCUUAGGAAACUGAUCCCCAAGUCUGAUAAGAUGGACAAAGCAGCUCUAUUAGGAACUGUAAUUGACCAUGUGAAGGAUCUCAAGCGAAAAGCAAAUGAAGUUAGCAAAGCCUGCACACUUCCAACAGAAGUAGAUGAAGUAACAAUUGACUACGAUCUUGCUCAAGAUGUCAAACUCACCAACGUUGAUAACAACAGCAAGGACAAUGUUUUCAUAAGGGCUUCUUUUUGCUGUGAUGAUCGGCCUGAGCUGUUUUCUGAGCUCAUCCAUGUCCUCAAAACCUUAAGACUCACAGCAGUAAAAGCUGACAUAGCAAGUGUUGGGGGCAGAAUUAGAAGCAUUUUGGUGCUUUGCACCAAAGAAACUGAAGUGGGUGUCUGCGUCAGCACACUGAGACAGUCACUUAAACUAGUUUUGAAUAAAAUUGCUUCAUCAUCAGUGCAAUCUAACUAUCGUAUUAGAAGCAAAAGGCAGAGGUUCUUCUUGCCUUGUUCACAAUAAUCUUGGUGGCGGUGGUGGUGGGGUUUCAACCAUUUAGCGCACCAGGACGCUGGACGGGACACAAAAGUGACACGUAUACAUUCAUGUAUAUGAACAUUUUUUUGGUCACAUCACACUAGUAUCUUUUUUUUACCAUUUGCCCCCAUUGAGAUAUGCUUUGCACACGUACAAUCGGGGUGGUGGCACAAGCUAGGCACGCGAAUUAUUAUGUGGAUUUGCUGCCAUAUAAAAAGAAGUGGACCUCAUUGUACGACUA